AUGCAGAAGAUCUCCUUCAAGAAGAGGGCUCCGCGUGCAGUCCGAGUGGUUCGCCAGUUCGCGAGCAAGGUCAUGCUCACAAAGGAUGUUCGAAUCGACACCAAGCUGAACAAGUUCCUGUGGAGCAAUGGCAUCCGCAACGUCCCCCGCCGCGUGCGCGUGCGCCUGUCCCGCAAGCGCAGUGAGGACGAGGAAGCCAAGGAGAAGAUGUUCACCUUGGUCCAGCACGUGCCUGUCGAGAGCUUCAAGGGGCUCCAAACGGAAAACGUCCGGGAUGAGUGA